AUGGAGAUGUCAAGAUGCAUGUUCCAUGAGAAGAAUUUUCCAAAAAGGUUUUGGGCAGAGGAAGCAAAUACAGUUGUGUUUCUUCAAAACAGGCUUCCAAUAAAGGCAGUGAGAGAAAUGACAUCAUUUGAGGCAUGGCUGGUGGCUAAAGGGUAUGCCCAAAUAUUUGGUGUUGAUUAUUCUGACACUUUUGUUGUUGCUAGAUUGGACACAAUCAGGUUACUCCUUGCAAUAAUUGCACAAAAGAGCUGGAAAGUGUUCCAGUUGGAUGUAAUAUCAGCCUUCUUAAAUGGAAACAAUGCAAAGCAUAUUCAAAACUUCAAACAAGAGAUGAUGAAGGUGUUUGAAAUAACAAAUCUUGGAGUUAUGUCCUACUUCCUUGGCAUGGAGAUCAAGCAAGGGCAAGGUGAAAUUUUCAUAUGUCAGAAAAAAUAUGUAAAGGAAAUACUAAAGAAAUUUCAAAUGGAAGAAUGCAAGGAAGUAAGCACUCCAAUGAAUCAAAAGGAGAAGCUGCACAAAGAAGAUGGUGCUAACAAAGUUGAUGAAGGAUAUUUCAAGAGCUUGAUUGGUUGCUUGAUGUAUAUCAUGACAACAAGGCCUGAUAUUUUAAAUGUUGGUGAUGAAAAGCCUGACACCAAGUUUGUGCUAAAAGGUACGGAUAAAGAGAACUUUAAAGGUCACAAGUUAAGAAGAAUUGAAGAAAAAUUGGCUAAAGCAAGGUAUUCAAUUAGAGAAGCUAGCAAAAUUCGAAAUUUGAGAUCAACCCUCCAAGAUCCAGACAAUGUUCCUGAAGGUCCAAUCUACAGAAACGCCAAUGCCUUUCAUAGGAGUUACUUAGAGAUGGAAAAGGUGUUCAAGGUUUUUGUGUAUGAAGAAGGGGAGCCACCGUUGUUUCAUAAUGGUCUAAGCAAAGACAUAUAUUCCACUGAGGGAAGAUUCAUAAAUGAAAUGGAAAAGGGGAGGCACUAUCGUACUUAUGAUCCAGAUGAAGCUUUUGUGUAUUAUUUGCCCUUUAGUGUGGUUAUGUUGAUCGAAUAUGUGUAUGAUCGUGGCUCCAAUUAUAAUCUUGAUCCCCUUGGCCUUGUUGUAAAAGACUACAUACGGACUAUAUCCUAUAAACAUCCCUUCUGGAAUCGAUCCCUUGGCCAUGAUCAUUUCAUGCUCUCUUGCCAUGAUUGGGGUCCAGUUGUAUCUAGUUACGUGGAUCUCUUGUAUAACAAUGCCAUAAGGGUUCUUUGCAACGCAAAUACAUCUGAAGGGUUCAAGCCUGCAAAGGAUGUGUCAUUUGCAGAGAUUAAACUUAUGGACGGGGAAGUCACUGGUCUAGUGGGAGGGUAUCCACCAUCUCAAAGGACUAUCCUUGCUUUCUUUGCAGGUCACCUGCAUGGCUAUAUAAGAUACUUGCUCCUGCAUACAUGGAAAAACAAAGACCAAGAUGUGCAAGUUUAUGAGGAAAUUCCUGAAGGAAUGUCUUACUACACAAAGCUUAGAAGCAGCAAGUUUUGCCUUUGCCCAAGUGGUUAUGAAGUUGCCAGUCCCAGAAUAGUGGAAGCAAUAUUUGCAGGAUGUGUGCCAGUUUUGAUUUCUGAUAGCUAUGUUCCACCCUUCAGUGAUGUUUUGAACUGGAAUUCAUUUUCAGUUCAAGUGGCUGUGAAAGAAAUUCCCAAUAUCAAAAAGAUACUCAUGGGCAUUUCAGAAAGCCAGUAUUUGAGGAUGCAAAGGAGGGUGAAACAAGUGCAAGGACAUUUUAUGCCUAAUGAGCCCCCAAAGAGAUAUGAUAUGUUCCAUAUGACUGUCCAUUCCAUUUGGCUUAGGAGGUUAAAUAUCCAUAUUCAAGAUCAGUAAUAUCAUUUCCGCUACACAGAUAGCAUACACAACAUCUAGAGGGUUUUCAUAUGUAAAUGAUGAGUAAUGCAAUUAGCAGAUUUUGGGAUCUAGAAAAUUGUUCUCUCUUAUGUUUGUUAUUACCACUGGAAACUGGAAUAUAUGGAUUAGUAAUGUUUACGUGUAAUAGAUUCAUCGUUUAUCAAC